AUGGCAGUGUCAAAUCCCUACAGCUUCCAUGCCCAGGACACUGACAUUUUACAGUACCCCACAGCAAGAGUGCUAGAUCCGACGAGGCCUGGCAGAAUAGAAGCAGAUUUUAAUGUCUUUGAAGAGGCCUAUUUUAUACCUAUUCCACAACUUGAAGAUGCACAAGUUUUAGCUAGUGGUUUAAAAGAAGAGUUUUGCAACAGACAGAAUCUGCUCAACUCUAUCGCUUAUAUUAAUCAGGAACUGGAGUUACUGGGACUGGAAUGUCUGAAGUUUGAUGGCUCUAAGUGUACCUCUGGCACCGUGUUCAUUGUGAACCGAAUGUACGACUUACUUUCACUCUACCACAAGACUGCUACAGUGAAGAAUGAUCUAGAAGUCAGGAAUCAUAGGCUCAUAUGUGAAACAGAGCACCAACAGUCAUCCGCACUACGUCUUAAAAGAUUACAAGAGCAGACUGACCGGGAACUUGAUCAGGAACGAGAGAAGACUCGACAGAUCAGCUUGAAAUAUAGUCAAGUUUGUAACAAGCUCAGAUCUGAAAAAGAAGAGGUCAAGAGGCUGACCACAGUGCUUCAGUCAAGGGAUCUCCAGCACAAACAUGAACACAAAAAGAAAGAAAAGGAAGUCAGCAGACUGAAGGAAAGAUUGCAUCAACUGUUAGCAGAUAAAAUGCCUGACAGAAAAGUUGGUAUGGAGUUAAUGAAUGUUAUAAACCGGAGAUCAGAAGAUGGUCGAAGAGGAACAUGGAAGACUGGUCCUGACAAGCAAGAAGAAGAGAUGUACCAGAUCCUUAUCAGCAAUUAUGAAGACAGGCAGCAGGAGCUAAUCCAGGAGAACGGAGAGCUCCGCGACUGCUUGCUGUCUCUUCAGCGGGAACUGUCAGCUCUUCACAAGCGGACAGCAGAUUUGUCAGCUACAUCAGUCGCGAAUGUGA